AUGACACCAUUUCGAGCGUUGUAUGGACGCUUGCCACCAUCCAUUCCAGUGUAUAAUGAAAGCCUGACAUCAGUGCAUGAAGUCGACCAACAGCUUAUAAGUCGUGAUGAACUGCUCCGCCAGUUGAAGGCCAACUUAGCAAAAUCAAUUAAUCGCAUGAAGCAGAUAGCUGACCAAAAGAGAAGGGAUAUAAUGUUUCAAAUCAGUGACUGGGUACUUCUCAAACUGCAUCCAUACCGCCAACAAAUUGUCUUCAAGCGGGUCCAUCAGAAACUUGCUACUUGUUAUUAUGGGCCAUAUAAAAUUGUAGACAAAAUCGGACUGGUCGCCUACCGAUUGCAGUUACCAGAGGAAGCACGCAUUCAUCCAGUGUUUCAUGUCUCCCUGCUUAAACGUUACCAGACCAAAGAAGGAAUUGUUGAGCCACGGUUAGUUGACAUACCACCUGUUACCGCUGAUGAAGAACUCAUUUUAGAACCGCAAACUUGUCAAGAUAUCAAAUGCUCUGCUUCAGCCACCUGUCAAAGAGAAUAG